AUGCAACAAACUGAAGACGAUUAUUCAUCGUUGCAACCAUCCAGCACUACGGAUCAAAAUCAUACAUUUAAAUGGUUACUGGUAAAUGAUCAAUGUUAUAAUGUACAAAAUUUAGAGUUGUGUGAUGACAUUGUAUUUUCUGUUAUUCAAUUUUUGCAAUCGGAAUUUAUUUUGCGAUCUUGUAUGAGAGUAUGCAAGCAAUGGCUCAAAAUUUCUCUUUCAAAGCCUUUAUCCUUACGAAUUACUAAUUUACAAAAAUUACAACACGCAGCCAAGUGUGCUCAACUCAAGAAUUUAACUAUUCUGGUGUUGAAUGGAUUUUCAAAGGGUCAAGAUGUUGCUUACGGAGAUGCAGCCAUUAAAAUCAUUGCAAAAUCUCCACACAUGAAAUCGUUAACACGUUUAGAAAUGGAAAAUAUGGACAUUUCACACGAAGGUUGCUUGGCACUUGCAAAUAGCCAACAUGUUCAAAACUUGACACACUUAAACUGGAGUAUUAAUCCAAAAAUUACGGUAGAGAGUUUUCUCGCGCUAGCAUCUAGCUCCAAUAUGAAGAACUUGACGAGUCUUGAUGUGUUUUUAACCUAUGUGGGAGAUGAGGGAAUGAAAUCCAUUGCAAAUAUGAAACAUUUACGCUCUCUGAAAUUUGGGAGCAAUAAUAUUUCACUUAAAGGAAUUAAACACGUGUCAUCCAUGUCCAGCUUGACAGAAUUAAACGUGCUUCAUUUGGACAUGAAUGUGGUAUCCACACAUCAAUUUUUGGACGUCAUUGCUAACAGUGAAAGCAUGUGUCAUUUAACCAAAAUGAGCCUGUACAAAAGUAGUAUUUCAUCUCAACAAGUGCUCUCACUGACCACCUCUCCAUAUAUAACUCAAUUAACUAGUUUAGAUUUAAGUGGCAAUAAUAUUGGAGAUGUGGGCAUCAAAUCCAUCGCAACGAGUAGGAGCAUGCAACAUUUGAAGCGUCUUACGAUAAACACAUGCAUGAUCAGUGAUGCAGGAGCAUGUACUAUUGCCAAAAGCUCCUUCAUGAAAAAUUUAACCUACUUGAACGUGUCUAAUGAGGAUGGACCUUCGAGGCUGAGCGAACUCAACACCAUCAGUAAUGCAUUUGCUCAUGCACUUGCUGAGAGUGAAUUUAUGCAACAAUUAGAAGAGCUUUGCAUGCUCGAUAUAUCAGUGAAUGAUGAGGGUGCCAUAGCACUUGCACAAAGCAAGUACCUCAACAAGUUGAAAUGUUUGCACUUGUCUGAAAUUGGACAUGAAGCGGCGUCCCUAGUUGUUUCAAAAUUUCCAAAAGUUAAAUUUAUGAACCUGCCACGCUGUUCAUUCGAUGAUUGUCUUGUGAUGUAG